GGCAGCCCUGUCCCGGGGGAACCUGGCAGAGCUGGCGGCCCCGUCCUGGGGGAACCUGGCAGCCCUGUCCCGGCGGGGCAGCGCAGCCUCCCGGGGACUCCGGCGGGAUGGGCGAGGCCGAGGACUUCGCCCGCUGCCCCCUUUCAGCUCCGGCGAAGCCGCUCUCGCACAGGCUGCACAGCGGCCAAAGGCUGCGUUCCGGGGGGAAGUCCCAGCCGCGCUCCUGCCCUGCCUCCCCGCGGACUCUCCCCUCGCAGCCCACAGGGGCCCCGCACUCCCAGGGACCACCCCGCGCUCCGCCCGCCGGCCUGGGCGGCGGCUGCCGAGGGUCGGCGGCAGCCCCCACACGCGAGCGGCCUCCCCGGCCUGGGCUGAGACAGACGCGGCCUGUGGGUGCCCCGUCCUGCGCAGGGGACCGGACAGACCCAUCUCCCUCCUGCUCGGGCGGCCGGGCGGGAGCGGUCCCGGUCCGGUUCGGGAGCCCCAGAGCGGGGUCGCGGGCAGCCCCGGAGCCCACAGACGCGCUUGUGCACACAGGAGGAAGCGGCGAGAACUCAAAAGCACCAAGGUUUGUGAAUCAUCUACACACCGACUGUCAAAGUCACUUGACUGUUAUGGCCAGGACACUGCUGACUGACUUCACUCCCAGCUCUCUUUACAAGACAACAGUUCUCUCAGGUGUUAUUCUGCCAGUCCUGUUCCAUUUGAAGUAAAACAACAACAAAAUGCAGAGAAAACUGCUAUAACAUUUAGAAGAGUUGGCUACAAAACUAUAGUUGCCUACUGGGACAGAGUGUCUUUCCCAGGUUAUCAGGGCCCAGGCCCAUGUUCUACCAACCCCCCUCACCAGUUUGGUGCUCCUGGAUCAAUAAAGUCCUGUGGCCCACCAGUUCUGCAGGUUAAACACAGGGUAUACCACUGGAUUUUAUCAGAAAUUCUGCAAGAGUGACUAUCAAUAAAGAUGUCAUAUUUAACAAAAGGAUUUAAAUGUCCCAGUCCUGUGAUGUGCAAAGUAGCAGGAAGCCUGUUUAAAGCACGCACGUUAAAGAACGCGUUCAGCAUCAACGAACAAUUCAAAAUUUCACGUGCCUCAUCCCAACUGAGCUCUGAAAAGACAAACUCUUAUGAUUACAUCAUUGUGGGAGCUGGCUCAGCAGGCUGUGUGCUGGCCAACAGGCUGACAGAAGACCCGCAGAGCACCGCGCUGCUUUUGGAAGCGGGCCCCAAGGACACCCUGCUGGGCAGCAUAAGGCUGAUGUGGAAGAUCCACAUGCCUGCUGCCUUAACCUACAACCUGUGCGAUGAGAAAUACAACUGGUACUACCACACCACUCCGCAGAGGCACAUGGAGGGCCGGGUGAUGUACUGGCCCCGGGGCAGGGUGUGGGGUGGCUCCUCCUCUCUCAAUGCCAUGGUCUACAUCCGCGGGCACGCCGAGGACUACAACCGCUGGAGCAGGGAGGGGGCUCUGGGCUGGGACUAUGAGCACUGCCUGCCCUAUUUUAAGAAGGCACAGACACACGAACUGGGGCCGGAUCAGUACAGAGGUGGGAAUGGCCCCCUGCACGUGUCAAGAGGGAAAAAGAAGCAUCCUCUCCAUCAGGCGUUCCUGGAGGCUGCCCAGCAAGCCGGGUAUCCCUUCACAGAUGACAUGAAUGGCUACCAGCAGGAAGGCUUUGGCUGGAUGGACAUGACUAUACACCAAGGUCAAAGAUGGAGCACAGCUAGUGCUUAUCUUCGCCCAGCCAUAUCACGCCCAAAUUUCUCAGUUGCAGAGAAGACACUUGUAACAAAAAUCUUGUUCCAAGGAACAAAAUGCAUUGGUAUUGAGUAUGUGAAAAAUGGGCAGAGGAAAAAGGUUUCUGCCAAUAAGGAAGUUAUUUUAAGUGCAGGUGCCAUUAAUUCUCCCCAGCUGCUUAUGUUGUCUGGAAUUGGAAAUGCAGAUGAUCUAAAAAAACUGGGGAUUCCUGUUGUUUGCCAUCUUCCUGGAGUAGGCCAGAACCUGCAAGAUCAUUUAGAAGUGUAUGUCCAGCAAAAGUGCACCAAACCUAUUACUCUGUAUAGUGCACAAAAGCCACUGAACAUGGUGAGGAUUGGCCUCGAAUGGCUUUGGAAAUUUACAGGUGAGGGAGCCACGUCUCACCUGGAAUCUGGUGGUUUCAUCCGGAGUGAACCAGGGGUUCCUUACCCCGACAUUCAGUUCCACUUUCUUCCCUCCCAGGUGAUUGACCACGGGCGGGUUGCUUCCACAAUGGAAGCUUAUCAGGUCCAUGUGGGACCCAUGAGGAGCACAAGUGUGGGCUGGCUGAAGCUGAAGAGCUCAGACCCAAACGACCACCCCAUCAUUGAGCCCAACUACCUGUCAACAGAAAGAGACAUUUGGGAAUUCCGCCAGUGUGUCAAGUUGACCAGAGAGAUCUUUGCUCAGAAAGCUUUUGAAAAAUUUCGUGGGCCUGAAAUUCAACCAGGAAAUCAUGUUCAGUCUGACAAAGAAAUAGAUGCUUUCAUAAGGCAGAAGGCUGAUAGUGCUUAUCACCCCUCCUGCACCUGUAAAAUGGGUCAGCCUUCAGACAGCACCGCUGUAGUGGAUCCCCAGACAAAAGUAAUUGGGGUUGAAAACUUGAGAGUAGUUGAUGCUUCAAUAAUGCCCAGUGUUGUCACUGGAAACUUGAAUGCCCCAACUAUCAUGAUAGCAGAGAAAGCUGCAGAUAUAAUUAAGGGCCUCCCAUCACUUCAGGAGAAAAAUGUUCCUGUAUAUAAGCCCAAGACCUUGGAAACACAGAGAUAAAUAAGUAUUCUUAUCCUUUCAUAUAAUUUGCUAUUUAGGCUUUCAUCCUUAUGUUGGCAUCUCAUACUGAAUGUGCCAACGUGAUAAAUAUAAUGAAAAAUAACAUAUCCUAUUAAAGUAACUAUUAAUUUGAAUAAUUUUUUGUAUUAGACUACCUACUGUUUUUUUUAAUCAGCUGGCUUCAGUUCCUUUUUUAGAAUCAUAGAAUAUGCUGAGUUUCAUGGGACCAAUCAGGAUCAUUAAGUCCAAUUCCUGGCCCUGUGCAGAACACUCCAAGAAUCACAAAUUUAGUUAAAUAUUACCUUCUGUGGUAUAUUCAAAUAUUCUUUUGAAGAAAAGCUGUUUCUAAAUGACAAGGUUGUACACAUCAGCCAGAAAUACCAUGUGACUGCAUGAGGAAUGGAAGAGAUUAAUGUGGGCUAUUUUGAAAUUAUUAUGUUAUUUGAAGAAUUUUAAUUGCUAUUAGAAUGUUACCCAGGAAAAUAGCUAGUCAGUAAUCACCACGUCCUGCAGAGAAUGGUCAAACAAAUGUAAGCACUUAUGUAAUUUCAAAUUCAAGAGCUGAAAUAGUUUGUAUCAGAAUUCAUAGGAAAGGGAGGAACCUGCAUGUGCUCAGAGUUUGUCAAACGUGACAAACAUUUCCUUUAUGAAAGGAAUGCACAGUUUACAAAUCCCACUCAAAGUUAGAUUUCACUAAGCUCAGCAGCCUCUAACUGUAGAUCAUUCAGGAAGAAGAUAUACAGUGUAUUUAUCAGAACUUAUUUUUCUAAAAAUGCAGAACUGGAGUUGAAAUUUAUUAAAAUCUACUGGAAAAUUGA